GGGGGCCGCUCCGCUGGGAUUCGGGGUUUCCUCCGCCUCCUCCUCCUCUUCCUCCUCCUCCUCCUCCGCCGCCGCCGCGGCAGCACCAGCCCCGGGAUUUGGGUGCGGGGGGGGGGGACGCGCACAAAGGUGCGGCGGCGAUGGACCCAGAUGAUCCCGGCUCCACGCUGCUUUUCCAGACUCUGAGAGGUGGAUGAUGCUGUCUGCCCGACGCAGCCCGGCAGGAUUUACUCGGGUUAAGUGUUAGGCACCAGGAGCUGAUGGAGCAGAGCUACCAUCGAUGGAAAAGCGCCGUCAUUUACUCUGCGGGUGUCCUUUUUGGGCUCGACCGCGGACCCUCGGCGCUGCCGCCCGUCCCGUGAGCAGCCCCCCAUGCUCGGCCCCCCUCCGGUGCCCGCCAGCUGGAUGCCGUCCCCGCCGGAGGCUCAGGAUGCCCCAAGUGCCUCGGUGACCGCUGGGACGGGGGACAACACCCGCCUGCAGCCGCCUCGCCCCCACGUCCCACGCCGCCCCGCCGGCGGGCGAGCCGUUUUCUCCUGAGACGAGCCCAACCAGGUGAUCAAAAUAGAGUCCCUCAAGGUGACGGUCGACUUCUUGAAGGUGCCCCUGGGCCUGAAGAAGCCCCCCCUGAAGGAGGCCCUGGCCGCCGUCCCGGGGCCGGGGAGAACCAAGCCCCUCGGCGUGGAGCGGCACAAGCCCCGGCGCUCCGACACCAUGGACAAUGAGUCGCAAUACUCGGGAUAUUCCUACAAAUCCGGGCAUUCCCGCAGCUCCCGCAAGCACAGGGACCGGCGGGACCGGCAUCGCUCCAAAAGCCGGGACGGGAGCCGCGGGGACAAGUCGGUGACCAUCCAAGCGCCGGGCGAGCCCUUGUUGGACAACGAAUCCACACGGGGGGAUGAGAGGGACGACAACUGGGGGGAGACCACCACGGUGGUGACGGGGACGUCGGAGCACAGCAUCUCGCACGAUGACAUCACCCGCAUCACCAAGGACAUGGAGGACAGCGCCCACCUGGACUGCUCCCGGCACCUGGGCGUCUCACUGGCUGGGGCGCUGGCCCUCCUCGCCUUCCUCACCCCCCUCGCCUUCAUGCUCCUGCCCCAGCUGCUGUGGCGGGAGGAGCUGGAGCCCUGCGGGACGCCCUGCGAAGGGCUCUUCAUCUCCGUGGCCUUCAAACUCCUCAUCCUCCUGCUGGGCAGCUGGGCUCUCUUCUUCCGUCGCCCCAAAGCCUUCUUCCCCCGCGUCUUCGUCUUCCGAGCCUUGCUCAUGGUGCUGGUCUUCCUCCUCGUCGUCUCCUACUGGCUGUUCUACGGCGUGCGGAUCCUGGACUCGCGGGACCGUAACUACCAGGGGGUGGUUCAGUACGCCGUCUCGCUGGUGGACGCCCUGCUCUUCGUGCACUACCUGGCGGUGGUGCUGCUGGAGCUGCGGCAGCUCCAGCCCCAGUUCACCCUCAAGGCCGUGCGCUCCGCCGACGGGGCCAGCCGCUUCUACAACGUCGGCCAUCUCAGCAUCCAGCGAGCGGCCGUCUGGAUCCUGGAGAACUAUUACCACGAUUUCCCGGUCUACAACCCUGCCCUCCUCAACCUGCCAAAAUCCGUCCUGUCCAAGAAAAUGUCCGGGUUUAAAGUCUAUUCCCUCGGCGAGGAAAACACGACGAACAACUCCACGGGCCAGUCCCGGGCCGUCAUCGCGGCGGCCGCCCGGCGGCGCGACAACAGCCACAACGAGUAUUACUACGAGGAAGCAGAGCACGAGCGCCGGGUGCGGAAACGCCGCGCCAGGCUGGUGGUGGCGGUGGAAGAAGCCUUCACCCACAUCAAGCGGCUGCAGGAGGAGGACCAGAAGAACCCCCGGGAGAUCAUGGACCCGCGGGAGGCGGCUCAGGCCAUCUUCGCCUCCAUGGCCCGGGCCAUGCAGAAGUACCUGCGCACCACCAAGCAGCAGCCCUACCACACCAUGGAGAGCAUCCUGCAGCACCUCGAGUUCUGCAUCACCCACGACAUGACGCCAAAGGCGUUCCUUGAGCGGUACCUGACGGCCGGCCCCACCAUCCAGUACCACAAGGACCGCUGGCUGGCCAAGCAGUGGACGCUGGUGAGCGAGGAGCCGGUGACCAACGGCCUGAAAGACGGGGUGGUCUUUGUGCUGAAGCGCCAGGACUUCAGCCUCGUGGUGAGCACCAAGAAGAUCCCUUUCUUCAAGCUCUCGGAGGAGUUCGUGGACCCCAAGUCGCACAAGUUCGUCAUGAGGCUGCAGUCGGAGACCUCGGUGUGAGCUGAAGAGGGAUGGAGAGGGGUUGAGGGGGGGGAGACCCUCUCCGCACACACACACCCCCCCCAGUCUCCGCCGGGGCUCAGGGAAGGCCACGGCUCAAGGGCAGAACUGCGGCGGGCGCCGGGGAGCAGCACCCGUGCCCGGCUCCACCACCUACCUGUGACCACUCGCCCUCCGCCUCGGCUUGGCCCCCGCUGGGGUGGGCUGAGCCCCUUCCUCUUCCUGCUCCUCUUCCUCCUCCUCCUCUUCCUCCUCCUCCCCGAAACCCAGGUGCGUGUAGCAUCCCCCCAGAAGGCGCUGCCGGCGGAGGAUGGCGGCGCGGCCAGGAAGGCGACGGCGUUUCGGUGCCAUAACUCAAGGGCUAAAUCUCCAUGUUCUUCACCAGCGUCUUCGAGCACCAUCCGGUCCCAGGGACCUUCGGCUCGUGCCCGUUUUCUACCUGGCAACUGUCCUGGCUCUGGCCUUAAACCACUGCCCGCCGUCUGGGGCUGGUUUUUAACCCUAGAGAUUGCGGGGGGGGGUUUUUUUGGGAAUAUUUUUUGCAAGCACCUCAGCGAUCCGUGGCUGCUAUGAAAACCUCCCCCGGCAUCCGAGACACCGGUGCUGCUCCCGGCUGGAGGGACGUCCUCCUCGCCCCUCUGCUGAUGGUUUCCGCGCUCAGCUCUUAACAAAAGCAAGUGAAAAUCGGGUUUUUAAGAGAAGCAGAAGGUUGGUUUGGGUUUUUUUUUGUAAGCGGUUUCCCCGCUCCCGAGGUGACCCGUCUCCCGGCAGCAUCUCCGUGGGGCUUCCCCACGCCGUGGGUUGCAGGCAGAGCAGCUUAAAACGUCUCUCGGGGUCCGAUCCCGGCGCCGGAGCCAGCGGGGGAACGAAAGGAGGGGUUCCUGGCGCGGGUGACAGGGGCUCGUGGCUCGAUGAGGUCCUUAAUUAACGUCCCGCGGUGGCAGGUGGCCCGUGGUGGCCCCCGGCUCCUCGUGGGGGACGCGAAAGCUUUUGCCUUCCCUUGGUUUUGUUUAAGGUCGCGAAUACCUCAUGGAUUUAUUUUCUUUUUUUUUUUUUUUUGUUUAAUUUUUUUUUUUUUUUCCCCCCUCUGGA